UGGGCGGCGAUGCGGUAUCCGCCUGCGCCGUCACGUGCGGCAAAAUUAGGGCUCCAAACGAGAGCCGACCAUACGCGGUCACGUCCCCACGUGGCCACAUGGCGCAUUGCCAGCAGACUCGGAGACAGAAAAGCAACUGGACUGGCCCACUGGGCCAGAGCCUCGAAUACGUCACGCAGCCAAUCAACGGCCGGCAAUGACGAUAAUACGCGGUCCGUCACGGUAGAUACGGAUCUCUCCUGCUCAUUUCAAGGCAUCGCGCGAGAACUGUAUCGAGGCCCUCACCCUCAACCUGCCUAUACAGUACGCACUGAGAGCUGUUGCGCGCACGGAAUGUUCCGGGAAGCCCGUUCCGGGGCACGUGCUGAAAGCUGAUAGGCGCUGUCUCGUCACGGCCCCGCACUGCUUUCCUCCCCCUCCCGCCCCCUCUCCCCCCUUCCCCCCUUCAUCACCCCCGCGGCGGGGGGGACUGAAGCAGGCCCUGAUGGGAAAUACCCCGGAAUUUCCCUCGUGGAAAAUCCCCAAUUUCCGCCAGUAGACCUUCCGCCAGUUUCCCUUCCCCUCAGUUUCCUUCCGCCUGUUGCCGCUAUUCCAAUGCCAAUGUCAUCACUACUGCUCCAUUCAUUCACUAGUACCACUACUACUACUUAUACCACAGCUUCUAGAGUCCGUAUCAUCAUCCUGGCACAACCUACCUGCCCAAUCUACUGCGUCUCUCCUUUCACGGAUUCCUCCUAGUGCCACCUCUGGAACUUUGACGAACCGUUAAAAGCACCAGCUUGUUACAAGCAGAAUCGGCAUCACUAACCAACCGCCAGUGACCAGCCGCCAGGCAGGCUCCAAGCAUCGGAAAGGCCAUCACCAACCGGCAGUCACCAUGGGGCUGACCUUCACUAAGCUGUUUGCGCGGUGGAUCGGCAAGAGAGACAUGCGCAUUCUUAUGGUGGGGCUGGACGCUGCCGGAAAAACUACUAUUCUCUACAAGCUGAAGCUAGGAGAACUCGUCACCACCAUUCCCACUAUUGGCUUCAACGUGGAGACAGUGGAGUAUAAGAACAUCAGCUUCACAGUCUGGGACGUGGGGGGUCAGGACAAGAUCCGCCCCCUGUGGCGCCACUACUUCCAGAACACUCAGGGGCUCAUCUACGUGGUGGACAGCAACGACAGGGAGAGAGUGAUGGAGGCGAGGGACGAGCUGCACCGCAUGCUGAACGAGGACGAGCUGCGAGACGCCACCCUCCUGGUGUUCGCCAACAAGCAGGACCUGCCCAAUGCGAUGAAUGCUGCUGAGAUCACAGACAAGCUCGCCCUGCACUCCCUGCGCCACCGCUGCUGGUACAUUCAGAGCACCUGUGCCACGUCAGGGGAAGGCCUGUACGAGGGGCUUGACUGGCUCGCCAACAACAUAUCCGUUAAAGAUUAAAGGAUGUUUCCGGGUAGUAUGAUCUGAAACAUGCCAAUCUGGCAUUGUUUGUGGAAGAAUUGUAAACAUACCGACCCCCAGGCAUCUUAACGACCAGCAGCACAUACGGUACAUCCAGAUUGAAGGAGCAAGGAUUGAUUAGGAGCAGCACUAGCACCCGUGUUACCAUGUUACCACAUGAAGUGCAGACUCUUCUUUAUUUGUGCCGUAAUUCCCAACUGAAUGGUAUAGCUUGGGCAUAAUUCACUUGCAUUUCCUUUCCUUUCAUGUCGUCUCAUUUGCUGUUCAAAUGGUAUCAGAGAUUGAACCCAUGCAUGGUAUCCA